AGGAAAUGCUCUGAUGUGGCUCCGUAGUGUGGGGGUGAAUGUGGAUAGUGAGAGGAGAAGCUGUGGGCUGUGGAGAGGGAUGGCAAUCCCACGCCGGCCCUGGACCCGGAUCGGGACCUGUCCACAGAUUGAGAAGCACGCAGGGCACCAGGUCCUGGGCUCUGCACCAGCCCAUGCUCUUCUGUCCCCAAGCUUCCUCCACCCUGACCAGUUCGAGUGACCAUGGAAGAAGACUGUGGGGACCAAAGACAGACUGAACAAGGAACCAAAGAGGCCUAGGAAAGCAGAAGUGGGACGUGGAGACCAGACCUUCUGUGAGGAGGCUUGAAAGUGUUCCCCCUCAGGAGCCUGACAUUGCUGUGGGUGACGUCUGUGCCAUAGAAAUGACCCUGGGGAAUGGGAGGGCAUGGCUGCCUACAGCUCUACUCCUUCUACAGGUCCCAGGCUGUUCCUCUAUAAGUGGCCCCACCUCCGUGACGGGCACUGUGGGGGGAUCCCUGAGCGUGCAAUGUUCAUAUGAAGAGCAAUUAAGAGAAGUUUCCAAAUACUGGUGCAAAAGGCCAUGUUUUUGGAAAACUGUGGAGACCAAAGGGUCAAACAGAGAAGUGAGGAAUGGCCGCGUGUCCAUCAGGGACCAUCCUGCAAGCCUCACCUUCACAGUGACCUUGGAGAACCUCACAGAGGAUGAUGCAGGAAUAUAUCGGUGUGGGAUCGAUACAUCAUGGUUAGGAGGAUACUUGCAAGACCCUGCCGUCCACAUUGUGGUGUCUGUGACCCCAGGCUCCACUGAAGCCCCCAGCAUCAUGAGGUCCACCAGCCCCCCAGGCCUUCACAAGACCCUGCCAGCACCCACGGGGAGCACUGCGAUCCAACAAGAGACCCCCAGUCCCAGCCGACAUCCCGGGUCCCUGCUCAGCAGCGUCAACUUCUUGCUCCUGGUCUUCCUGGAGGUGCCCCUGCUUCUAAGCAUGCUCAGUGUGGUCCUCUGGGUGACCAGACCUCAGAGGGGUUCUGGGGGAUGGGCGGAGUCAGCCUAAUUAUGAAGACCAGUAACACCUAUUGCCCAUUGAUGAUCUGUCCGGGAACACAGCGCCCCUCAUGGAUGGGAACGGCCUUCUGACCAAUACAUCCAGCUGUUGUCCACAUUUCUAUCAGAAUACUCUGUAUGGGAAUGCAAGCUGGUGCAGCCACUCUGGAAAACAGUAUGGAGGUUCCUCAAAAAACUAAAAAUAGAACUACCCUACGACCCAGCAAUUGCACUAUUAGGCAUUUAUCCACAGGGUACAGGUGUGCUGUUUCGAAGAGCACAUGCACCCCCAUGUUUAUAGCAGCACUAUCAACAAUAGCCAAAGUAUGGAAAGAGCCCAAAUGUCCAUCAAUGGAUGAAUGGAUAAAGAUAUGGUAUAUAUAUGCAAUGGAGUAUUACUCGACAAUCAGAAAAAAUGAAAUCUUGCCUUUGCAACUAUGUGGAUGGGACUAGAGGGUAUUAUGCUAAGCAAAAUUAGUCAGAGAAAGACAAAAA